UCCACUUCUCUCAAGAUUUCCUGUGAAUCAUGAAAUGAUGUCAUCAACUUGUUAGUCCACCGAGGGGCUUAUCAGAAUCACAACGAAUACCUCGGAAAUGACAGUUACCACAAGGCUUCUAAACAGAGACGAGGGGUCCUCAUGUUGCAUCUGCGACCGUUCUGCUGACUAAUGCCUUUCCCCCAGUCAGACCACAUCCUUCCAGACAAGCGUAUAAAGACAAGUGUGUGAUUCGAGGCGAGUUUCAGAGCCUCCAGCGUUUAUCAAAGAGAAGGAGAAGAAGAAAUGUUUCGUCCAAAGGAUCUCAUUGUUUUGAUCUCUGGUGUGGUUGUCCUCGUCGUCUGGCCAGGUGAUGCUUCUGAGAUCAUCGGUGGGACAGAAGUGGAGCCCCACUCCAUGCCUUUCAUGGCUCUGACACAGAAACCGGACUGUGGGGGGAUACUGAUCGACCUAUCAUGGGUCCUCACUGCGGCCCACUGCAAGGGGGCUAAGGAGGUGCUUCUUGGGGUGCACUCCAAAAAAAAGGAAAAGGACUCCAGGCAGGUCCGCACGGUUAAGAAAAGUUUUGCUCAUCCUUGCUAUGAUGCAACAGAUAAGGUCAAUGACGUCAUGCUGCUCAAGCUCAAAAAACCAGUGAAGCAAACCAAGACGGUCAAAUCUCUCCCGUUGGACAAAGCUGCCAAAGACCCCGAGGCUAACACCAUCUGCCGGGUGGCUGGAUGGGGGGCGACCAAAAACCGUGGUACGGCGUCGGACGUCUUGAUGGCCGCCAACGUGACCGUGAUCGACCGGCAGAAGUGCAACGCCGCAGACUACUACGGCCUGAAUCCUGUCAUCACCCGAGGCAUGAUAUGUGCCGGCUCUAAUGGUAACAACAGGGUCGACACCUGUCAGGGGGAUUCAGGAGGCCCACUUUUGUGCGAUGGAGCUCUUGUCGGUGUCACGUCAUUUGGAAGGGGGUGUGGCAUGCUCAAGCGUCCCGGAGUGUACUCUUUCCUGUCCGAAACCAUGUUUGACUGGAUCAAAAACACCAUGAAAAAGUCUGAAAUAUAGGAAGCCCUCUUUAAUAACUGUAGUUCUGUAUUCCUUGACCAAGUUAAAGACUUAAUGUCUAUCUUUGUUCUUAUUUCACAUCCACCUUACUAUCCUACUCUUGCCUACUCAAAAGGAAUUCACAUGUUUUUUUUUUUCCAAAGCUGUUGUUAUGUUAAAAAAAACCUUAAGGCUGGAAUAAAUGACUUCACGAUGCGUUGAAGUGGUUUUAAUAAAAAUCAGAAGUUGUGAUGCAGAGGCUGAGCCUUUACAAUAAACAGUC